AUGAAAUUUCAAUAUAAAAAACAAAAGUCAUAUGAAGAUAGAUCUAAUAUCUCUUCUAAGCUAAAAGAAUAAUAUCAGGACAGAUUACCUGUGAUUAUAGAAUUAAGUAUAGAAUCAGCUCAAGAGAAAAAAAUACAUAAAAUUUAAGCAAAAUUUAAAUAAUGA